GGCCUGACCGCUGAUCAGUUUCCUCACCUAGCAGCGACCCGCACUUCUUCCCUCUGAGAGUGUAGGGAAGAAAGGAUUCGAUAGGCGGUUGCCUAGGCUUGGCAGGGUCCUUGCACGAAGCUUCCUUCCUAAGAAAGGUCCGGGAAGAUCAAGGCUGUGAAGGUCCUGGGAUCUGGGUACACUGUCCUGCCAACCAUGGAUUCCCACUCCGGCUCUUCCGUGCGCUUGAAGGUCUUCAACCUCAACUGCUGGGCUAUUCCCUACAAGAGCAAGCAUCGGCAGGUCAGGCUACAGUACCUGGGGGAUUUACUGAACCAGAAAAACUUUGACCUUGCCCUGUUGCAGGAGGUCUGGAGUGAACGGGAUUUUGAAUCACUGAGACAGAAACUCCUGCCCAACUACACUUGGGCCCACUAUUUCCGAAGUGGAUUCAUCGGUAGCGGCCUUUGUGUCUUCUCCAAACAUCCAAUCCAGGAAAUCUUCCAGCAUACCUACAGCCUUAAUGGCUAUCCCUACAAGAUACACCAUGGAGACUGGUUCUGUGGGAAAGCUGUUGGCAUGCUGGUGCUGGAGAUCUGUGGAAUAUUGGUCAAUGUCUAUGUGACUCAUCUCCACGCUGAGUACAAUCGAGAACAUGACUACUACCUUGCCCAUCGUGUGGCCCAGGCCUGGGAACUGGCUCAGUUCAUCCACCAUACUUCCAGAAAGGCCGAUGUGAUUCUGUUGUGUGGGGACCUCAACUCACACCCGGGAGAUAUAGGUUACCGUCUCAUAAGGGAGUGGAUUGGCCUGGAGGAUUCCUACCUUGAGACCCAAGACUUCCAGGGCUGUGAGGAGGGUAGCACCAUGGUGCCCAACAACUGCUUCGUCAACCCUCGUGAGAUGGAGCAUUUUCCCAGAGGAGUCCGCAUUGACUACAUCCUCUUCAAGGCUGUUUCUGGGUUCCGUAUCACUUGUGAAACCUUCACAACCACCACAGGCAGUGGUCCUGAUAACACUAGUGGCCGCAGCAUCCCCCUCUCUGAUCACGAGGCACUAAUGGCCACACUCUCUAUAAAGCCCGCUUCCUUUGAGCAGAGUCACAAUGCGGCGCGUGAUGCAGAAACGCAGGCAUCUUUGAUGGGCGUACUACACGAGGCAUGGACAGAGAUGGGGCUGGGCCUGGCCGCAGCCCGCCAGUGGGUUUACUCUACUGGUCACCUGUUCAGCCUGGGACUGCUGCUGCUAUUUCUGGGAGUGGGGUCUAUGUUGUUGGAAGAAAUCCCCUGGGUGGCUGAGGCCUUUUUCAUGAUCCUUGGAGCAAUAGUGCUUCUCGGGUCAGGUGGGCUGUACCUUACAUCUCUCCAUGAGAGUAAGGCCCUGUAUGAGGCUCAGGCUGAGAUAGAGCUGGCCAUGGAAAUGGCUAAAGAGAUUCAGCCUGAAGCUGUGGAAGUCAGCUCCACCUCUUCCCUUCUACGGACCUCCAUACAGUCAGAAUCAAAAUAAAACUUUAAUAAAGAGUUAUUAUCUGCA